UAAAUCCCAAUUAAACAAAAGUAGGGAAGCCAAAGCCACGUCACCUGACAAACCUAUAAAUACCGAAAAAAACUCCACACAUGAGAGAAGCAAAACUGCAACAAUGGCGGCCAAAAGGGCAGUAUUACAGUGUGGAGAUUGCGAAACUCUCCUUAAGUCUGUAGAAGAAGCUCAACAGCACGUGAAUAACACGUGCCACACCAACUUCCGCGAGUCCAAUGAAGCCAUUCUCAACCUUGUUUGCACUCUUUGUCGCAAAACUUGCACCUGUAAAACUGAGAGUGAUUAUCACACGAAGAGGACUGGGCAUACCGAAUUUCAGGACAGGACGGCGGAGGUGGAGGGAGAGGAAGCAAGAAGAUCAAGGAGGCGGAUCCAAGAAUAUAUGCAACUGAAACUGGAAGAAAUUAUUAAGGCACAGCUUGGUAAUUUGCCACCACGAGUUCCUGUUUUGGAGGAAGAAAAGAGUUCAUUGCCAGACGGUCCAGCUACAAAGGCAGAGCAGAUGAGUGAGUGCCUGUGGACUAUCAAACAGAAUCACAUGGAUGCUGAGGCCAAAGUCAAGACCGCUUUUAACACACUGCUAACUUUUGCUAAGAAUGUGGCGACAAAUCCGGAUGAGGAGAAAUACCGUAAAAUUAGGCUCAGUAAUGCUCUUUUCCAGGAUAGGGUUGGCAAACUGCAAGGAGGUAUCGAAUUUCUUGAGCUCUGUGGAUUUGAAAGAAUGGAAGGGGGUGAAUUCUUGUACUUGCAAAGAGAAAAGGUGGAUAUGGAUGUGCUUUAUUCAGCUAGGAAUGAGUUGAACAAUGCAAUUAUGUAUGAUUCAUAUAUUAGGUAAACAGUAAAACAAAGCGUAUCAAGUUUGUAAGUAUAACAUGGUUUCUCUUUACAUGGAUAGGGAUUUCGGAGUGGUGAUGAGGUUGGAAGAUUUAUUUUUCUUUUUGAAUAUAAAUGGAGAAACAUGAUUAGUGAGAAUUCAUAUUGUCGAUCCCAGUUUGUUUGAGACUGAAAUAUAAUUGUUAUU